GUAGCCAAACGUAAGCCACAAAAUGAUAGUCACUUCUUCGUCGAGGUCCCCUCCCCCUCUGCUCCUUCCCCCUCCAUCGCAAAACCCCACCUGGCCACCCCCAUUACUCCUCCACCUCCGACCACAACACCAUCGCCGCCUCCUUCUUCUUCGUCUGGCCACUUCCUCCAUCUCUCUUUUCUUCCUACGCCACAUCCCGGCCGCCGCAGCCCGUGGACUCUUCCAGAUGCCCCCCGCACGUCUCAGCAACCGCUACUUCCUAGUCCGCGCCGGGGAGUCCUUUUACGAGGGCAUGGGCGUCCUCAAUACAAACCCCGUCACCAAGACCUCCGUCGACAAUGGACUCUCGCUGGAGGGCAAGCGGCAGGCGGCUCGUGCGGCGGUUGAGCUUCAGAGAUUGGAGGCUUGUAGUGGGAGCUGCUGGAUCUGGCCGUCUAUUACACAAAGGGCGUAUCAGGCUGCGGAAAUCAUUGCCUCCGUGAAUGAAGUCGAUCGCAGUCGAAUAGUUCCUGAAUAUAGUUUUUUGGAUGCCCGUGGGCUGGGUGCUCUUGAGGGAAGGAGCUUGGAUGCUGUUUCCGAGGUGUAUGAAUUCGAUGAAGUUUCACCAAACAAUAAACCACCUCCCAUUACAGAUGGAACGCCAAAUGAAAGUGUUUCGGAUGUCUUUGUUCGUGUGACACAACUGAUGUCAAUUUUAGAAACUCAAUAUUCUGAACAAACCAUUGUUAUCAUAUCUCCAGAUUCAGAUAAUUUGUCGAUAUUGCAAGCUGGAUUAACAGGAGUUGACCUUCGCAGGCACUGGGAUCUAUCAUUCAAGCCUGGGGAGGUUCGAAUGGUGGAUCCUGAAAGCAUCCCCACUUACAAAAUGCCAGCAUCAGCUGUUUACAAGUGUAUGAAUCCCCCAAGUUGUACAUGAUCUUGGACAAGUUGCAAUCUAAGGAAUACCUUUGUUCUUCUCUUUAUCUACACAUGUAAUUGUGCAUCUUAUUGUAAUCAAACGAGGUAUUAUUUUAGUCAAAUUAAGACAUCCUGCUAACUUCUUUUUAAA